AUGGAAGAAUUGGAUGCCGCCGAUAGGGAGAUCUUCGCACAUGUACAGAACACCACAUUCUCUCAAGAACUAAAACUGUUUGCAGUUCUAGGAAAUAGUAACGAGCUUGACAAAGCACUACUCAGAAAAUCAGGAAUCUCCAUCCGACAAUUAAAUCCAAUGAUGGUGAACGGCUUACUAAAGGUUGGAGGCAGGCUUGGUAAUGCGCCAAUCAACGGGAAAUCAAAACAUCCUAUUAUUCUACCCUUCAAGCAUCCCGUCACGGAUAUGAUAAUUCGUCAACAUCAUGCUGAAGUAGGUCAUAUGGGUCAAGAAUCCGUCUUAUCAUCACUAAGAAAGGAAUUCUGGAUAAUUAAAGGAAGAACAGCAGUUCGACGCGUAGUACGAAGUUGCCUAGCUUGUCAAAGAAGAAAGGCUCGUUUGGGUGAGCAGCUAAUGUCAGAUCUACCAGAAAGCCGAGUGACACCCCAAAAACCUCCCUUUACUAUAGUAGGAAUCGAUUAUUUUGGACCCAUGCUGGUGAAAAGAGACUCGAUGAUCAACGCUCUCAGGAGAUUUAUUAGCAUGCGAGGAUGUCCCGAGCAAAUCAGGAGUGAUAGAGGAACAAAUUUUGUGAGUGCUAACAAGGAAUUGAACAAAGGAAUUGAAGAAUGGGAUCAAGAGAGAAAGAAAUGGUACACACCGAGACGGAAUCUUAAAAAGGGAGAUCUAGUACUUGUAGCUGACGAAAACUACCCAAGGGGACAAUGGCCGUUAGGUCUCGUUGUAGAAGCAAUAGCAAGUAAUGACGAAAAACAAGGCAGGAUUUUGAAUGAAAGAGGAUGGAUUAAAGAGGAAGAAAAACAAGGCAGGAUUUUGAAUGAAAGAGGAUGGAUUAAAGAAGGAGAAAAACAAGGCAGGAUUUUGAAUGAAAGAGGAAGGAUUAAAGAGGAAGAAAAACAAGGCAGGAUUUUGAAUGAAAGAGGAAGGAUUAAAGAGGAAGAAAAACAAGGCAGGAUUUUGAAUGAAAGAGGAUGGAUUAAAGAGGAAGAAAAACAAGGCAGGAUUUUGAAUGAAAGAGGAUGGAUUAAAGAGGAAGAAAAACAAGGCAGGAUUUUGAAUGAAAGAGGAAGGAUUAAAGAGGAAGAAAAACAAGGCAGGAUUUUGAAUGAAAGAGGAUGGAUUAAAGAGGAAGAAAAACAAGGCAGGAUUUUGAAUGAAAGAGGAUGGAUUAAAGAGGAAGAAAAACAAGGCAGGAUUUUUUUUAGGAAUGAAAGAGGAUGGAUUAAAGAGGAAGAAAAACAAGGCAGGAUUUUGAAUGAAAGAGGAUGGAUUAAAGAGGAAGAAAAACAAGGCAGGAUUUUUUUUAGGAAUGAAAGAGGAUGGAUUAAAGAGGAAGAAAAACAAGGCAGGAUUUUGAAUGAAAGAGGAUGGAUUAAAGAAGGAGAAAAACAAGGCAGGAUUUUGAAUGAAAGAGGAUGGAUUAAAGAGGAAGAAAAACAAGGCAGGAUUUUGAAUGAAAGAGGAUGGAUUAAAGAGGAAGAAAAACAAGGCAGGAUUUUGAUUCAUCAUUAUUUUUGCACAAUACCAAGUCAUUCUCUCCCACAUAAAACAUUUGAUGAAAAGGUUAUUCAUUUACUGGUUAUGUUGUCACAGAUAUCUUUCCAUCAAUGCCUUAUCUUUUCUAACUAUCAAAUAAGAGCAAAGAAUUUGAGUGAAACUUUGGCUAAAAUUGGAUUUCCUUCUACACAUAUUUCAGGUGGUCAAGGGCAAAAUGAACGUCUUGAUGCAAUGAGGAAGUUGAAGCAGCUCAAAUGUCGUAUUUUGAUAUCAACAGGUCUUAUGUCUCGUGGCAUCGAUGCUGAACGUGUGAACCUUGUGAUUAACACGGAUCUUCCACGUGACUCUGAGACAUAUUUACAUAGAGUUGGGAGGGCUGGACGUUACGGAUCGUAUGGCGUGGCCAUAAAUUUCGUGGCCGCAGGAAAAGAGGAAUCAAGUUUGAAAGACAUCGAAAUUAAAUGUGGAAUAAACUUCGAUCCUUUGCCAGAUGGACUCUCUUGCUUUAUUCCUGACCAUACGAGUGUCGGUUGGCUCACCGCAUUUUCACUGUUGACAGGAGUGAUGGAGGAUCUUGAACUGGCUCUCUCGCUCCAACUGUUGAGCCAAGUGUUUGUAAUUCAGGCCAACUGGUGAGCCAAGUGUUUGAAGUUACAAACUUGCCAGGAUUCGUGGUAAUAAACAGAGUAGUGGAAAACUGACAAAUAUUUCAAUGAGAUCUGAGUUUUCAGAUGACGAUGUUGAUGAAAAUGUUGGAGAUGAGACACCGCCAGAUGAAUUCUUUUUCAUUCUGAAGAAAAAAAUGGUCGACCAUGAACCCGUGAACCCAUGGGCACACCACCAAAUUUUGAUUGACAAGAUCCACCGAAUGCUAAUGAAUUUUCCUCCUUACUAGGAAUCCGGAAACAUCAGAAACACAUGCUUUGAGAAUAGGACAAGAUCAAAGAAUAGUCAAGAAAGUCCAAAUCUAGGGAACAAAAGGAUCCAGCUGGCAAUACAGGAAUUCAGCGAAUAACAGAUCAAACAAAAGCAAAGAAGGGCGGUGCCUAAGGCAGGAUGAAUGGCGCAUGAACAAAAGAACUACAACUUGCUUUAACUGCGGAGGAAAAUUUCUCCAUCCUAAAGAUAAUCCAUGCCCAGCAAAAGGAAAGACAUGUAGAGCGAAACGAAACCACUUUGCAAAGUGUAGUAAAACUACCUUAAAACAACCUCAAGUGAAUGAAGUGAUCAAACUACAAACAGAUGAGAUGUGUACAAUCAGCUUGACUCGAGUAGUGAUGAAGAAUAUGCGUUGUUCACUCCCAAGUAAUCAACGCAAUGAACUCAGAUAGCCAAAGUGGAUUGCUCAAAACGACCGUAAUAAUUGAAGCGACUGAAGUCAGAAUGCUGAUAGAUUCUGGUGCGAGCGUAAACAUCAUAGACAAAAUAACGUAUCGAACCUUGUUACAAGAAAUGCCAUCAAUUAAACUUGAACACACAAACAUCAAGCUAAAGUCGUAUGGCUCAAAUAAGACACUAUCCGACUAACUACGUUUUGUGCAACGUAGUUAAGUCGAGCAGUUAUGUUACUACAGUCAAGGAGUUUACUACGGUAGUUAGCGUUAACUAUAGUUAAAGUUAAUUACGUUUUUACAUAACCGACCCCCGACGCUUAAUCGCUGAGGUUGUCGAAACGUCAGUCACCAUCACAAUGACAUUCCUCAGGAAUCUACUAACAUGGACAAUCUAUAUCCACAAAUAUGUAACGAUACGCCUGGAUUCAAACCUUCGUUUUAAAAUGUUUAUGUUUUACUGUGUGUACUGUUUAUAAACAAACUUUUUUUGAAAAAAUUAAAGAAGAGUUUAUCUUCAAUCAUAUUGUUGCGAUUGCGCAAACUA